GAGGAGGGAUAUUUACUACAGCUGUUCUAGACUCCACCUCUCUUAGGAAACGGAUACUUUGACCCGAACUGUAUAACUUUAUGAGACAGAAAAGAGAAACGAGAAUAAACAAACACGGGGAGAGAAAGAAGAAUAAACAAACUAGAGGGGGUGUGAGAAAAGAAGGAAGGAGAGAGGAAAACCAAGGAGGGAGGGACUCAGGUCACAGUUUUCCCAGGAGAGUCAUACACAGAGUGACACUGCUGCAGAGGCCAUUUACAUACACAAUGUUUCACACAGACUAAUAAUGUUUUACAUACAGUGAUUGUCACACGCUGUGUCACUGCCUUGCACCCGGAUUACUGCCACUUCUGGUGUCUCUCUUCUCUGGAGUUCAUACAGCAACAACAUGGCGAGCAAUAACCUGGAAAUGUGUCAGCAAAGCGCAGAGGAAGUGAAAGGUCUGAUGGCUGAUAAUGUCAAGAAGGUCAUCGAAAGAGAAGGAAAAAUAGCUGAUAUGGAAGUGCGAUCCGAUGACUUGCUUAGCAUGGCCACCUCUUUUCAGAAGACUGCCCGAACUGUGGAACGUCACACGCGAUGGGAGAAAUGGCGCUGGUAUAUUAUUGCAGGAUCGAUUGUUACAGCAGUAAUAGUGAUUCUGAUUACCAUACUGGCUGUUCAGCUGGGAGGUGGGAGCAGCAGCCCUGCAGAAGAGCGAGCGGCAUCCGAAGACCCAAACUGAUCCCUAUUCCUAUCAUACUCGUCGCCCAUCAUGGGAAUAAUUGGAUGUUGAAAUUUGUACUCGGCAAUCCUGGCGUUUUUUAUAUUAGAGCAUCUGUCAGUGCUGGGGACAUGUGAAGGUUAAAGAACACAGCUCAUUGUAUACAGUCCUGCAGAGCAUUGCAGUACUUUUCAUUACAUUGCAGCCAUGCAGAACAUUCUGCCAUCAUCUAUAGAGAUCUGCUGCUCUAAGGCAUUCAUAUUGUACAGAUCUGUGGAGCACUGCUAUAUUCUCCCCCCCACACACACACACAUUGCCCUUUGGAGUUGCAAAUUGUAAUCAGUGCAAUGGUAGCUCUAUUAAGCAUCGCUUAUUUGUAAAACAUUGGAAAUUUAUGGAAACGUGAUGGUAAAUGCAAAUAUUACAAUGUAUUAAAGACUUAAUGUACAUAAAAAAUUGUAGAAAAACAACUUGCUUUAUUCGUAUUCCUAGGUGUUUACAUAUGUUACAACACAGACAGAAUGUAGAGUUUUUUUUAAUUUAUCCCAUAUUAUAACGUUUGGAACAAAGGUCACCAAGCUGUGUUUAAAGGCAGAGAAGGGUGAACAUAAAACAAAAGGAGGAAGAGGGUAAGGACAAAUUACACGAGUGAAGCUGAUGCUGAGGAAGAUAAAAACUCAUACUAAUGAAUAAACUUAGGCCUAUAUGCAGCAAAUAGGGACAGAAUGGGUUAAAAUAGGUAUUUAAUUAUUUUAUUAUGUAUUAUUUUAUUAUCAGGUAUUUGUAGAGCACCAACAGAUUCCACAGCGCUUGUUUAUAAGACUGGAGAUUAUAAUUAUUUGGAAAUGAUAAUAAAAUGGCUGCUUGUUCUGGGAGCUAAUUCUUAUCUCCUGUUGUAAAUUCCUCAGUUCUAUACUAGAACUACUCUUGUCUACUCAGCAAAUCCUUGGUCCCAUGAAGCCCAGUGUUUCUCAACCUUUUUGUAGCAAGUACCCCUGUAGGCAUUCAUUUGAUUUCUAUGUACCCCAACUGUAACAUAAAUGUAACUGAUCUUUUAAAUGAGCAAAAUAGAAACCAUGUGUAUCACUUGAUUUCACCAGCUUGUAUCAGAUAUGUUAAGUAAAUAUAUAGGAAUCUAUUUGUUUUCUGGUUUUCGGAAUGCAAUAUUUGGCAAUAUUACCACAGAGAAUAAUAAACACAUAAACACAGAUAUAUAGCCCAUUUAUGUUAAUAAUUAGAUACAAUUACUAAGCUUCUUACAUUAAAACAGAGGGAAAUAAACUAUUUCUGCAUGAUGAGGAAAAUAAUAUUUAUGGUACCAUCUUUCUAUGUUAAUAAGCAUUUCAUGCACAGUUGUAUCUGUCUUGAUUUACUGUGGCAUACUUCAGUAUGAUGCACUUUACCUGUUUUACAGUGGCACAUUUAUCUGACACUUGUCUCUAUGACACUUGGUCACAGUAAUACACUUUCUCUGUUUAUAUGAGUGAAGCUCAACUCCAGCCCUCAACAAGCCAGAUCUAAGGUUUUACUAAUUUACAAUAAUGGGUCGGCUCCUACGCUUUACAUUCCUACUUUUCAAAUAAAGAUAGGAAGAGAAUGAAGAAAAAAUGAAAAUAUAUGUAAUGCUAUGCAUGAUGUAUAACAUGUACAAAAAGAGUCACAUUGUACUUCACUAAUGUUCUGAUCCAUCUGCCAGUGUUCCUUGGUGGAAAGCCAAGGCCCAGUAAUUAUGUGCAUGCUUUUUCUUUUUCUCCCUUUCUCUAUCUCACAUUUAUUUAUUUUCUCCCUCUCUUGUUUUCCUUGCUUUUAUCUUUCUCUAUAUAAAGGUGUAGUGCAUACUUGUGUCAGAGCAGAACAUUCACAAACUGCUCUUAUGUUCUACAUAAUUAAAUGCUAAGAGCUGCAGCACACAAUGUGGUGCAACCGCUACAGUUAUUACACAUCCUGUUUUGCGUAGGAAUUCUGCCUCGGGCUACAUACCACCCCUGGACUAUAGUGAGUAGUGUUUAACUGCUCAGUGUCCUUGCAACUAAGUCAGUGCUGUCUUUGGUUGCUUUAAAGGGACAGUUUACCCAAAAAAUGUUCUCCCUUUUAAAUUGUUUCCAGUGAUCCAUUUCACCUACUGGAGUGUAUUAAAUGGUUUACAAGUAGCUCCUUUACCCCUAUUUCCGCAUUUGAAAUAGCUGAUUUAGCCUGUGGUAUCCACACCUAUACUGAAGGUUUCUAUACUGGAGUCUAGGUUAUUGACAAGCCUAUGUAAACUCAGCAAGCAGAAGAAAUUACACUCCCAGUGGGGUGCAGGAUAGUUAAAGUAAUGGUAAAUCCUAGAAUUUCUGAAACGCUAGGAUUUACCAUUGGAACAAAUAAAGGGGACUUUCAGUCAUUAAGUAUAAAGUACUUCAUGCUGAAAGCUCCUUUUGUUUGCCGCAUUGAGCUGCUAAGGCAGCUCAUGGAAGAACGUUAUUUGGCUGAGAGGUGACGUUUCCACCUCUUAGCCUAUAGCCGUGCAGAAAAACCGGCUUGUUGGACUGAAAGCCCCCUUUAUUUGUUACAGUGGUAAAUCCUAACGUUUUAGAAAUGCUAGGAUUUACCAUCUAUUUAAAGGGACAUUAUACACCCAAAAAAUAUGGGCUAUUUAAAUAAAGCACCAAAAGAAGAUAAAGUUUGUAAUUGACAUGCAUUAGCAAUUUUGCUGUUAAAGCUUGUAAAAAUCAUGAUAACCCUUGAAGGGAUUUAACUAACUAAGAAAAUGUGGUGGAAUCUUACCCUCUCCUCCCCUCCUCAGUGUUUAGGGCACCGGACAUGAAGAACACACUCGCAGCUCUAUGAAAUACACAUUGUAUAAAAUGUUAGUAGUCUGCCUACUGAAGGUUUCAGCCGAUCCAGCCUCUGUCCUCAAUCUAAAUAUUUCCCAAAACAUUACAGGAUCAUAUUUGAUAGAGCUGGUUGUGAAAUAUUCAGAUUGUAUCUACAGAAUGCUGUGGAGCAGUCAGGGAGAGAAAGGGUGCUAGGUGAGGGGAUUGUAAUUUACAUGCAUUAGCAUGUCUAGCUGUGUGUAUUACGUACAUAUUUUUAUUUAGUGAAAUCCCUCCAAGGGUUAUCAUGAUUUUUACAAGCUUUAACCGCAAACUUGCUAAUGCAUGUCAAUUACAAAUGUUACCUUCUUUUGAUGCUUUAUUUAAAUAGUCCAUAUUUUGUUGGGUGUAUGUCCCUUUAAGAAAUACAAUUUAAAAAUUUUCAGUGUUCUCUCUUAAGUAUUUAGCUUUGGUUUACAAACAAAUAGAAGAUAAGGAAGCAUGUGUGUGUACACAAAGUUAUAACAUAAUUAGAUCUAAAAUUAUCUGCAAACUCAACCCAUUGUAAUAGGCUGUGGUUUAAAAAGCACAAAACAGCUAUUUCAUAAACACAAAUAAACCUAAAAUGUAAUUUCUCAUACAUUCUAUACUCUGCAUCUAGUAUAACAAGUCAUUAGAAACACAUUAAGAGGAAAACAAUUUUACAUUGUACUGUCCCUUUAACAUGACUGUACCCGUUACCCUCUGAUAUUCUCAUUCCCAUGGGCCAUGUGCCCAGUUUAGAGAAAGCGACCUCUGUGUAAGGGCCUGUUUACAAAUGGCUUGUGACUAGGAAGGGAACAGGGUGGGGGAGAAUAGACUGUGUGUGAGUUGAGGGGUGGGUGAAAAUUACAAACAAAAAUAUAUGAGCAUGAUAACAAUUUACAUCUUGAAAGAAAGCUAUUCUGUAUAAAAACGCACUAAACAGUUUUUUAAAUAUAUCUGCUGUUGCAAUGUCUUUUUUUUUUAUCUUUGACAUUUUCUGUUUGUGAACUUUGCCCAAAAUGAACUUGUUUUUGGUUGAUAUGAAUAAACUCAUUGUCAUAGAUUCAUUAAAGCUCCUUUUAUAAAAUA